UUGAUGACUUUAGACUUGACUUGACAAAAUGUAAAAAGACUUGCAACUCGACUUAGACUUUAACAUCAUUGACUUGUGACUUCACUUGGACUUGAGCUUUUUGACUUGACAUGACUUGACAUGACUUGCUACUUUCCCCAAAACCCAAAGAUUAAAAAGUUAUUCGGGAGCGCUUCAUAUUUUUCAUUGUGUACUUGUCUAUCAGCGUUGCGUGUGUCAGCGUGUGUGCUGCGUGUCAAGCGUGUGUGCUCUCAGUACAACAGCCAAUCAAAUUUGAUCUACGUUGUUUUCGUCCCACAGCAUUCAUCCAAUCAAAUUGCAGGAAAACCGAUGAAGAAGAAAUGUCCAAACCACACGCCAGUGAACAAAAAAUGAUACCUAAAAUAAUUUCGUUUGGGUAUAAAAAUUACGAGGUGGUCAACACAAAACGGUUUGCAGUAUGCAACACAUGCGGUUCGAAAAUUACUGAUGGACAGGCAACAACUUCCAACUUCGUCCGACAUUUGAAGUUGCACAAAGAACGAUUUCAAGAAUACCUGAUGAACAAAAGCAUCACAAAUGGACCACAACAGCCUUCAAUCUCGCAGUUCCUGGACAAUCGUGUCGGGCAUUACAGUAUGACUCAUCCACAGCAGAAAGCUAUCACCAAUGCAAUACUGUCUGACUUGAUUAUUGAUUGCAACUUGCCCCUGUCUAUUGUGGAAAACAAGAGUUUUCGCCACUUUCUGACAGUACUUGACAGCAAGUACACCCCAGUGUGUCGCAGAACACUGACAUCAAAAACAGAGAACCUCACUGAAGAAAGACGAUCAAAAUUAAAAACUCAAUUGAGCCACACUGACCAUGUUUCAGUGACUGUCGACAUUUGGUCUGACCGAAAGAUGAGGGGAUUCCUCGGUGUCACUGUGCACUGGAUGGACAAAGAGGCAGAGAGGAUACAGCUCAAGUCCAAUCUCUUGGCUUGUGAGCGCUUCAAAGGCUCACAUACAGCUGAACGAAUCUGUGACAAAUUUGAGGCUAUAUGUGAUGAAUACAACAUUAAAGCUAAACUGGACUACAUUAUUAGUGACAAUGCUGCUAACAUGCGAAAAGCAUUCACUGUGUGCUUCCCCAGUGAACAAGAGGAUGACGAUGAUGGAGAUCAUCUGGAUGACCCUGAGCUCUGGUGUGAUUUAACCGUGGAAGAUCAGCAAACGGUAGAUGUUGCUAUGGCAAAGAAAAAGCGCUUGCAGUGUUUUGCACACACUCUUCAGCUGGUGGUGGGAGAUGGUUUGAAAGAAACAAAAGUGGUAUCUCCUUCUCUUUCGAAGUUAUCUAAACUCAGCUCACUGCUGCACACAAGCACAACAUUCAAAGAUGUGUUUGAUGCUGAAUUUGGGGAACAGAAAGGCAUCCCUGCUGCAGUCAACACAAGAUGGAACUCAACACUGAGGCAAGCGAAGGCUGUUCUCCAGUGCAAUCAUGUAAGGCUCUGUGCUGUUCUAGAAAAGGCUGGGCACAGGGAGUUGUCAUUCACAGCACGGGAGUGGAAUCUGUUGAAAGAUUUGGUGGACAUCUUGAAGCCAUUUGGAGAAGCAACUGAUUUGACACAGGGGGAGAAGGUCAUCACAAUCAGUGCUGUUGUUCCAUCCAUCUUGUCCCUCAACCACCACCUUGAGAAACUGAAGCCUCAGGUCUGUUUUCUGAGCGGCCUGGUCAGAAGUCUCCAGACAUCCCUGAACAAAAGAUUUCUUGGAAUCUUCAUCAAUGUGAAAAUGGCCAGGACACAAGAUGGGAUCACUGCUCCCUUUUCAGAUCCAGUCUACCUCAAAGCAGCUGUCUUGGAUCCAGCCUUUUCUCUGUUGUGGGUGGAGCCCCAUGUGCUGGUCAGUCGUGACGUCAAGGCAGAGGUGGCACAACAGGUUAAAGAAUUGAUCCUGCAAGAUGCUGCAGAGACUGAGCAACCUGCGCCUCUUGUUGAUGAAAAAGAGCAAGGGGACCUUGGAGAAGGAGAAGGGCUGUUUGCUGCUUACCACAAGAGACAGAAGAAGGAUGUUGGGACUACUCCAGCACUACAGCUAAGUCACUACCUUGACAUAGCUGAAGGACAGAAUGCCCUUUUGUUCUGGGCAUUGAACAUGAAGACUCUUCCUUCACUGUUCCGAGUGGCCAUGAGAGUCUUGGCAGUGCCUGCCUCCAGUGCUCCAGUGGAGCGAGUUUUCAGCCAUGGUGGCAUCAUACUACGCCCCCAUCGUGCACAAAUGACUGACAGACUCUUGGCCAAUUUGGUCUUUUGCAAAUGCAAUGCAGCAUAUGGCCCUGACAUAUAAAAAGUACAACCUUUUUGUUAUGUUAUAUGUCAUGUUUUUUCAAUGUUAACACUUUUGUACAAAUAAGUACAGUUGCACUUUAUUUUUAAAAUGUGUUUAUUCUGUAAAGGAAUGAGUCAAAUGUUUAAAAUGACUGGUUAAUAGUGCUAUUAUAAAGUGCAAUGUCAGCACAAUUUUCUUUCCUGCAAUUUAAAAUGCACUUGUUUUAAUAAAUAAAUACAGCGUUUGAAAAGCAUACACAAUCUGUGUUAAUAUAUUAGUCUGUGGUUAAAAGGACUUGAAAGGACUCGAAACUCAAAAUGCAGGACUUGGGACUUGACUUGAGACUUUCCAGUCUUGACUUUGGACUUGACUCGGGACUUGCCUGUCUUGACUCGAGACUUGACUCGGACUUGAGGGCAAAGACUUGAGACUUACUUGUGACUUGCAAAACAAUGACUUGGUCCCACCUCUGCACAUUCUUAAUAUACCGUAAUUUCCGGACUAUAAGCCGCACCUGACUAUAAGCCGCACCAGCUAAAUUUAGGGGAAAAUACAGAUUG